ACUGCCGGCCCCGCCCCGCCCGCUUCCCGCUGCCCGCCGAGCCGGCAGCCGCGACGCGGGCGGCGGCCAUGCUGCCGCGGCCGCUGUGCCCGGCGGCGGGCCGCGGCGGCGGCGGCGAGGCGGCAGCGGCGGGGCGGCGGGGCGCCGGGGGGGCCCGGCCGCGGCGGCGGGGCGGCGGCGGCGGCGGCGGGGCGGUGCUGCUGCCCUCCAUGCUGAUGUUCGCCGUGAUCGUGGCCUCCAGCGGGCUGCUGCUCAUGAUCGAGAGGGGCAUCCUGGCCGAGGUGAGGCCGCCGCCGCUGCACCCGGCGGCGGGCGGCGAGCCCCCGCGGCGGCGGGCGGCGGGCGGCAGCAGCGACCUGGAGCACCAGGUGCUGCAGGACACGCGCAACCGCACCAUCCGCGCCGUGUGCGGGCGGCGGGCCAUGCCCCGCAGCGUCUGGGACCUGCCGCCCGGCCAGCGGAGGACCGUCCUCAAGCACCUCCUGGUCAGCGACAAGUACCGCUUCCUCUACUGCUACGUCCCCAAGGUGGCCUGCUCCAACUGGAAGCGCAUCCUCAAGGUCCUGGACGGCGCCCUGGAGAGCGUCGACGUCAAGCUCAAGAUGGACCACAAGAGCGACCUGGUCUUCCUCGGCGACAUGAAGCCCGACGAGAUCAGCUACCGCCUGAAGAACUACUACAAGUUCAUCUUUGUGCGAAACCCCAUGGAGAGGCUCCUGUCGGCCUAUCGGAAUAAAUUUGGAGAAAUCAAGGAGUACCAGCUCAAGUACGGCGUGGAGAUAGUGAGGCGGUACCGGAAGGGCGGGGGACAGUCCGCGGGCGACGACGUGACCUUCUCCGAGUUUCUGCGGUACCUGCUGGACGAGGAGGCCGAGCGCAUGAACGAGCACUGGAUGCCCAUCUACAACCUGUGCCAGCCCUGCGCGGUGCGGUACGAUUUCAUCGGCUCGUACGAAAGGCUCAACGCGGACGCCAACUAUGUGCUCGAGCAAGUGCAGUCGCCCUCUUUCAUCCGCUUCCCAGAAAGACAGUCGUGGUACAAGCCCGUGACGGCAGAGACACUACAUUACUAUCUAUGCAAUACUCAGCGCAGGCUUAUAAAAGAACUGCUGCCGAAAUACAUCCUGGAUUUCUCCUUGUUUGCCUAUCCUCUUCCAAACAUAACCAGCGAAUUUUGCAGGCAAUGAGCUUUUUCCUGCUCCAGGGGAUCCCCAAAUACGGUUUUGCUGGUACAAGAAAGGACUCUGCAAUGUGGAUUUUUUGGGUUGCUUUGUCGGUUUUGAUACUAGCGAAAGCAGUUAGACCGACAUAAAGGGCUUUUUGUCAGCUUUGUUUCAGGACCUGGUGUAAACUCGAUCUACGCUGCAAACAUUUGCUAAUAUAACCAUUUCUAUGAAUAAUACGUUGCUUCAGGGUCAAGGAAACACUCUGUUCUAUGCAUUAGUUCCUAAUUUUAUACUUUUGAAACACUUUUUAUAUUAAAUGUUAUAUAUUGCCUUUUCUACUAGACUACCUUUUUAGUCUUUAUAUUGUUCCAGUUUUAAUAUGUACAUAUGCCGCUGAAUUAAGCACAAUAGCUUUUGUAUAUCUAUUUUGUUUUAAAUUCUUUUUAUAGCAUGGCACAGAAAAUAUCCAUACGAAAAUCAAGAAGCAGCCAUAUUUUAAGUGCAGUUUUUUUCUUCCAUUUCCGUGUUUCAUAGUGCUGGCUGAAUCACAGACAGAACCUGAUAUAGUACUUGAUGCUCUAAAAGUUACUCCAAGGCAGUUAAAACUGUUCGUAGAUCAGACUGGAGGUAGGUUUUGGGGAGGGAAUAGGAAAAAAAGGCUUUUGUAAGCUAGGCCCUGCUAUCCUUUAUCUUCUCAUCUGGAGAGGGUGGUUAAAUAAGUCUGGUUUUGUUCUGUUACACUAGUAAUACCUCUUGUUUGGUUGUUUUUUUAUUUAGCAUUUAAAUAAAGCCAGUGAUAAGACAAUAAAAAGACUCUUUGUCUUAUUUCCUGUGAUUUAGGAUUUGAAAGUGCCAAUUGUUUACCCGGCAAAGCAUAUUUCGUGCAACAUUGAGUCCUAACAAUUUGUUCUUCCGUUUCCCUUCGACUCGAAGCCAUACAGACUUCUGAUAAGAUAAAAAAAUCCUAGCUCGUAUGACAGAGAACAACCAAAAUAAUUUAUAUGUGCCUCCUUUACAGCCUCGUUUUACCUUCUCCAGCCGCAUUUGAAACAACUGAAAUUGGAUGAUCAGUUCUCCUUCUUUAAUAGAUGCACGCACCGUUUCCGUAGCUAUUUGUAUUUAAUCAGGACUGUUACAUUGCAAAAGCUUGGAAGACGCUGUACCAUGUUGUUCCUGGGAAGCUGUGUCCUGAUUUUUAAUAAAAUGUCUAUGUAAAUUAA